UCUGCUGUAAACCCCCAAAAAAAAACCCCUAAUUACUCUAAUCAAUUUUCCCUUUACCUGCAUUCCUUCCUUCUUUUCCCCCAAAAACGGCAGCUUCAUCUUCAAGUCCCAUUCAUACGGUGCUGCUGCUCGAAAUUCAACGUCUUCAAGACUUCAUCAGCUUCAGAUUUCUACUUUCAUUCCUGUGCUGCUGCUGCUCGAAUCAGGCUUCGCUUUUUAUUUGCUCGAAUCAGGUCUCAGGUCUUUUGAGUUUGUUGGCAAUCAAACCUAGAACAUAGGCAAGUAGCAAUGCGAUCAAGGGCAUCAAUUUCAUCCCAUAAUCCAUUAAUUUUGGUGAGCUUCAUUCCGCAGGGAAGGCUGAAAAUAUGGGGUCAAAGAUGAAAGGUAAAGUGGGCGAAAAUUUGUCAAAUUCUAGUGAUAACAAUGGUAAUAAGGCAGUCAUCGUUAGGGUUAAGCGUAAAGCAGAUCAGUCUCCUCUUGAAGCUUUUUGGCUUGAAAUCAAUGAGAGGCCCGUGAAACGUCCAUUAAUCGAUUUUGAGAAGUUAUCUAUCUCCGCCUCUUCUACAUCAGAGGAAUUGAAGACCAAAAGGGUUUUGGUUCAACAUGUGGAAACUGUUAACAGCUCCGAAUCUAGCAUUCAAUUUUUGCAAUCCUUCGUGCAACCUCCUUCUGAUGGUGAUUUAAAGUUUAAAUCUAGCAGCAAAGAUCGAAGACGCAUUCUCCAUAAAGAUGAUAAACACGAGCAGCUAUUGUCAAAAGCAAAGCAAGAACAAGAGGAUCUGGCACAAAGUGCACGUUUUGAACAAAUAUGGAAGCGAAGAAUGGGCAAGGAGGUUGUCCAUGAUGAAGCUUUGGAUGAAGUUUGCCGUGUCUAUGAUGUUCGCCGUGUUGACCAGGCGACUUCUAGAAUUGUGAAACAGGAAGAAAUCUCCAAAGAAGACAAGGAGAUUUUCAAUACAUUUUUACCCCUCUUAAGGGAGUGCAUACCUGAUGCUGCAGCAGAGAUUGAAUCUGACUUAUGUUCUCAUGCUCCCGAGCAAGAUUCUGGUGAUGAAUAUGUGUAUGACCUGUAUGCAGUCAACGAAAAGAUUGAUGAGACAGACACUUCUUAUCCAUUUCCUUUGGUUCAAGUUGAUGAUGAUGAUGAUCAAUAUUUUAAUGGUCUCGAUGACUCCGACUGUGAAUCUGAUGAUUCUAACGCCGAAAACCAUCCACUGAAUGAUUAUCCGGAAGAGGAGUCUUUAGAAGAGGAAGAGGAGAGGAGCUUGGAAUCUGGUAGUGAAUCAGAAGAGAAGAGUGAAGCAGAAAGUGAAGAUGAUAUGUGGAACAAAAAUGAGGACUCAGACGUAUAUGACCAAAUAGAAGAUCCCUUCUACGAUGAAGACAUGUAUGAAAGCAAUAACAACACCUACUCUGAUGAUGGCGAUGACAAUGAAGACUGGAGAUGGGUGUAUCGUUGAGUUUUGUAGGCGUAGUUAUUGCAGCCUUGUCCAUAACUGAUUGAUGUGAUUAGCAUUCCACCAUUCCAUGAAUGAAAAUGAAGUCAAUUUUAUACUAAAUUUCGUUGACUUUACUUCCAUUCUACAAGAUAGAGCAGUGUUAUUACAUUUUAAGGUGUAGUGUGCAACAUCAUUGCUCAGUUUUCUAGUUUUCCAAUUAAGGCCUUCAUCGAUUCAUGGUUAAAAAUGAAGAUGUUGCUGAUGGGUCUUGAAAAGACUGGAAAGGAGAUGGUUCUGGGAAUCUGUUCAAGGCGUAAUAAACGUUGAAAACAUUCAAUCAUAAUACCAAGACAAUUUCAUUGUAGCUCAGUUUAGGCAGCACUUGGCAAAACAACGAAACUGUGUGUUCUUACUUUACCAUCCUUGGAUUUGUUUUAGAGUAUGACUCAAUUGUUCAUUGGGUGCAAACAAAUCUUAUCAUUUACUGUCACAACUCAAAAGCUUGGUUUUACGAAGUAUUUUGUAAUAAAGCAUAAACUGCAAACAUUUAUUCCUGGUUUGAUUGUUUAGA